GUGGUGUCCCCCCCGCAGCCCGUUUCACCGGCCGUCCUGUAUUCCAGGAGGCCGGCAUCUUCAGUGUGGGCACCCGGCUGUGAUAACUUGGGGCUUCACAGCCGGGUACCCACUGUGCAUGCGCGAGUAACUCUGCGCUUCAUGAAUGGUCCUGUAGUCUUCUGGGACCUGUCACGUGUCCCAAAAGACUACAGGGAGGGAGGACACCUUCCAUUUCUGAUCGCCUAGGCCAGGGUGGGAGUGGGUACCUGUCAAAUUCAGGUAUCUGCUCCCCCCCCCCCCCCCCCAAAGGUGCCAAUCCUUAAUGGGGAGUGGAGCAGUCCUUAAAGCGGAACUUCCCCUUUUGGGUGGAGCUCCGCUUUAA